AUGCCUCCAUCUGACGCUCAUAAAGUUCAACGUCGCAAAAAACAACUGCCUAGUUUCUCCUUGUCACAAAGCGAAGUCGUAAGUAAAUCAAGGUCACCAUUACCACCCCUCAAUAAAUCAGCAUCACAAAAAAAGUUCGAAUCAUCAAUAAGUCGUUUUGAACAAUCAUAUAAGGAUGAAUCCAAUUCGGAGGAAAGUUUUGACUCCACUGACGAUGAAAAACAACGACAAAGAAGUUCUGAUGAGGAAGAUGAUUAUGAUACAGAACUUUUUGAGUUCGCAAAUAUCAAUAUUAUUACCAGUAUUAGAAAUUUCUUAGAAACAAUCAAUCAGUUCAAAUGUCCAAAAUGUGAUAAAACUGAUUCAUAUUGUUUUCAUAUAACAAAACGUCUGGGCCUAGUAUAUUUUAUCAAUUUUAUUUGUUCCAACUGUGAAAAUGUUAUACGUUUUACUAAUGGUGGUAGAAUUAUGGCAUCACAAACCAAAAAUUCACAAAUGACGGACGUGAAUAUGAUGUUAGUGUUAGGAGGAGCUUUGGUAGGAUUGAACAGACGUGGUUUGAGUAAAGUUGUAGAUUUCGUAUUUGCAGGAUUUCUGCGUCAACUUCAGCGAUGGGGAGCUCGGACUGAUUUCAAGUUAAAACUAACACUUAUGGCUACAAUGUACAAGAAUGGCGAAGAUAGAUAA